AAGUGGUGUUGAUUUUGUGUCCAAUAAGAAAUGUCGUUACAAAAUGACGUGGCCAGUUUUGAACAACAAGCGCGAAGAUGUGGGUGAAAGAAGCUGAAUGAACGGGGUCAUUUGACGUUAUUUAGCAAACAUUUGCCGUUUUUAUGGUUGUCAGUUCCAAAGAGUGCACUCCUACGAGCCGCAUAUCGAGGUGUAAGAUGGCGUCCAUCCCCACCCACCUGUUGUUGCUGUGUAACGACCAGGUCCAGGCUCAUUUCUCAGACGGCUCCAGACUGCAGCUGUCCCCGUGUGGGUCUGUGUUCGUCUGUGAGACACCGCCCAACCCUGCUCAACAUGCACUGCAGGGUAUUCGUCGGGUCCAACAGAGGACCAGGUUUGUGACCAGUGAGUUCCGGUCCCGAGUCCUGCAGGCGCUGGAGUUCAGGAACCGGUUCAGUGAGCGCCCGUACCUCUGUCAGGAGCUGGUGCAGCCGGAGAGAGUCCUGAAUUCCUGCUGUGACCUGACACAGACCAAGUGGCCUUCCACGGUAAACAACAACAACAACAACACAACAACCCAGGACACCGGCUCUGUUACAGUCACUUCUCUGGACAACCUGGCCACGCUGUGCCUCGCUCCGCACGGAAAGGAGUUCACUGUCACCUUCCUCUGCAGAAUCAUUAACAACCUUCAAAGUGAGGCCAACACAAUAAGAAGUUCAAGGUCAAACAAUCGCCAAGAUGUGUCAAACUCUUGUCUUAAAAAUCGACUUCCGAUGCAAAAGGUCACGCAGAAAACACUCGUUGAAGACAACAUUGUGGAAAGCAGUUCUAGUUGUACAUGGGUGGUACAGCAUCAUUCAGUUGACUUCUGCCCCGAAUACUGGCUUCAUCCACUAAAACUGGCCCAGAAUGCUCAACAGAUGUCAGAAAAUGAAGGAAGGAAAGACAUCCACAUGAAUACUAUCUCAGAGACGAUUGUUGAUGGACAGAAGGAGGGAAGAGAAGAAGAAGGUGUGACAGGAAAACUGCCGUCGGCUCUACCGCUGUCCUGCAAGUCGUCCCACCUGCACCAGUGGGCCAAACCACUUGUGCCAGGGGGAGGGAUGGAGGAGGGGACCAUACUAUGUCAACAGCAGGGGGUGAAGGCGUGCGCUCUGCAAAGAGUACUGUACAGGAUCCUGUGGGGCAGUGUGAGGUGUGUGGAGGUGUACCCGGGGGACGGGUCAGUGCUGGUGUCCCAGGGGGUUCUGGGACACUUCUUCCACCACUACAAGUACAAACCUGACACAAAACAGUUCCAGCAGCAUGUCCUGUGUGUCUCCAGUCUCCCCCCAGAUCUCCCAGGAGCUGCCUACUCUCCAGCCAGGCUGGUCACCAUGGCUGCAAGGCUUUUGGAGCACAGCAACAACCUGGUAACAUCAGGAGCAACAGUGGCAGCCAAAUCUUGUUGGAAGGAUGACCCAGCAGCUGACCCCACCCCUCCCCUUCCCAGCAUGCUGUUGGAGGAGAGCGAGGUGGCGGGACUGGGCAGGUUCCAGGCGUACUCCGACGGGAGGGUCCACGUCGUGUUUGAGGACAGAACGGUGUUGGACACGGUGUUCGACUUCUCAGGGAGAGUACAGAGGUGUAAACAACACAGUCCUGAGAAGGUGGAAAGGGCUUUUGAUGCAGUACAAAGAUCUAUCACUAGAGGGAGCCAGUGUGUUGCUGCAGACCAGGUGUGCAGAUUGCUGCUGCCCAAUGGCCAGUAUUGUACAGUACCACAGCAUGCACCUGGGCAAUUUCACAGGUACGUGCAGGCAGCAGUGGAGUGGGCAGGGUGGGUGAGGUGCACACCUCAGGAGAGAGCAGACUUCUACAGGGGAACUGUGUAUGAUCCAGAAAAGAAGGGAGCUAUCGCAGCAGAAUUAAGCAAGAUCAAGUGCUUCAAUUACAUUCUGGAGAAUGCAGCAUUUCCCUGGACUGCAGUACCACCUAAAUAUGUUAGGGGGAGCUUGGAAGCAGGGCAUGCCACCACACAACCCUCUCACCUCUCAACUUCAAGUAUUUCCAGGAUUCCUUGUGACAGCAACCCCACAAUGCCAAUGGAUGUAGCAGCUAUUCUAAAGAUGACCUCACAAGCCAUAGAGGACAUCAACGUCUUACAAAGUAGAAGGAAAGACAUGAGGUUUUGAUACUGGAAAAGUCUCAUUGUUAUAUGUUGCAAAGACCACACCAAAUUUAUUUGUUGCUUUUCAGAAAAAAUUGGACC